AUGCCAAGGACGAGGUCUCAGAGAAACGCUGGUGGAUCUAAGGGGAACGGGGGAAGCAGUCCCCAAAACCCCACACAGGGUCCAACUCCUGGAGAAGAGGGCGCGGGACUCUCGCGAAUUCCACCCGAGCAACUGGUCCAGACGGUGGCAGAAAACCUACCAACCUUUGACGCCAUUAUGAACUACCUUAAGGGGCAGACGGGAGGUCAUCCCGGUCAGGGGCCAAAGAGCCAAGGGGAUGGGUUGUCCGAAUCUCGGACGGGGAGCCCUAACCCCUGGCCCAAACGGGUGCGCCGGGAACUCACGCGUGACCAGGUCGACGUCGUGGAACCCUCUCACAAGCAUUCCCGAACUGAGCACCCGGAGCCCUACCGGAGGUAUUCCAAGGAGGAGCUUUCACCGCGGAAGGAGCAGCUCCAGGUACAGGAUGAGCUGGAUCUACUUUUGGACCCCGAGGCGGAUAGGUACAUCGUUUCCCCCUUUAUGCCGAACAUCGAGGACUACCCGUUGCCUGCGAAGUUUAAAAUACCAAGUAUGAAGUCUUACGAUGCGACGAUGGAUCCGGAGGAUCACUUGUUUGCCUUCAUGAGUCAAAUGCGUCUGCAAACUGCUGCAGAUGCGGUCAGGUGCAAAACCUUUCCAGUGUUUCUGGAGGGAAAGGCACGUCAAUGGUUCCAGGGGCUUCCCCCCAGGUCCAUCCGGUCCUUUGCCCAGCUAGCUCGACUGUUCGCAGCCCAGUUCGUUUCGUCACGAGCCUUCUCCAAGAGCACUGCGCAUCUGAUGACUAUUCAACAGAAGUCAGAGGAGUCCUUGCGCGAAUACAUGGUGCGCUUCAAUAACGAGUCCCUUCAGGUUCGAGAUCGCGACGACAAGGUGGCCAUGGCCGCCUUCAUCAACGGGCUGCGCAAACAGAAGCUCUACACCGAGCUCGUGGAGAGACCUCCCAAGUCAGUUCGGGAGAUGCUGGACCGGGCACAUGAGAAGGCCAACGCGGAGGAGGCUAACCGCUUGAAGAGCGCGCAGGAAAGGCUGAGGGAUGACAAGCGCAGAAGGGGCGUUGAUCAGAUGGAUGCUCGGCCCGGUCAGGGAAGGAAGAGCACUUAUGACCGCCUCCCCAGGAGCCGCCCAAUCGGAGGAGAUAAAUCCUGGACUACCCUCACCGCACCUCGAGCUCAGGUCCUCGCGGUGAUGGAACAGGAAGGGCUCUCCCGACCUCCUCGACCUUUGGUCGGGGACAAGAGCAGACGGGACCAGGGUCUGUACUGCGCAUAUCAUCGAGACGUGGGGCAUGAUACGGAGGACUGUCGUCACCUCAAGAAAGACAUCGAAAAACUAAUCAAACGAGGUCACCUUGGGCAGUUCAUACGAGAUGAACGAGCUGACCAGCAACGGGGAAGGCCCAGGUCGGAGCGCCCGAACUACCCCAAUGGCCGACCUCAAGGACCUCGCGGCCGAACUCCCAAGCAGGAAGCUCAAAACCUAGUUGGGGUGAUUAAUACUAUCGCCGGAGGACCUGUUGGAGGGGAUUGCCAUACAGCUCAGCGGCACAACCGUCCCUCUCCUACGGGGGAGAGCUCGAGCAGGCGAUUGAAAAUGUACGAGAAAAUUAUCUAUGGACCUGAAGAUGCAGUCCCUCUGGCCUCUAAUAAUCAUGAAGCAAUUGUGAUAGAGGUCAUCACCUGCAAUUACAAGGUGAAGAAAGUAUACAUAGACAAUGGAAGUGCCAUAGAUGUGCUGUAUUACAAGACUUUUAAGGAGCUACAGCUGGAGGAUAGACAGCUCGUUCCAGUCCAAACUCCGUUGAUCAGUUUUACAGGCCCUCCCGUAAGGCCGGAGGGAAUGAUAACCCUCAUGGUCACGGUGGGGGUAUCCCUAAGGUGCCGAACUGUUCUCGUAAACUUUGCGGUGGUGAAAGAGCCAUCGUCGUACAAUAUGAUCUUGCGGCGGCCUACACUGAAUGCCCUCCGAGCUGUUUGCUCCACCCUGCACCUCAGUAUGAAGUUUCCUACUCCUGCCGGAGUGGCAGAGGUGCUCGGGGAUCUGGAGGUGGCAAGGGCAUGCUACAUCGCCACUCUCAAGGGUAAGGAGAAAUUGGUGGCUCAAACAGUUUGUUUAGAGCCCUGGGAGCCCAUGGAGAAAGGGAAAGAAUUGGAGACAGACGAGGGAUUGGCCGAGCUGCCCGUCCACCCCGACCGACCUGAACGCACGGUAAAGGUUGGCACCUGCCUAGACGAGCUGACCAGAAGUUCUUUAGAAUCUCUCUUGGAAGAAUACGCUGAGAUUUUUCCUUGGAGUGCUGAUGACAUGCCAGGGAUCCCCACCGAACUGGCAGUCCAUAGGCUACACGUGGAUCCCAAUGUCUCACCUGUCAGACAGAAAAAGAGGAACUUUGCUCCCGAGAGAAAGGAGGUCGUCAAAAGCGAGGUGGGUAAAUUGUUGGACGCUAAGAUCGUCAAGGAAGUCUAUUACCCGACCUGGCUCGCCAACCCGGUGCUGGUCAAGAAGGAGGAAAGAGCUUGGAGGAUGUGUGUGGAUUUCACUAACUUAAAUAAGGCUUGCCCGAAGGACUGCUACCCACUCCCACGGAUUGACCAGCUCGUGGACUGA